GAAAAUAUUUGUGUGAUAUUAACAGAAACAUUACCACUGUAGAUUAAGAGAUUUAACCAUGAGUACAACUAGCAAUCUAUAUUCAAAGAACCCAUUCCUAAUAGAGGUAUAUUUCGUAUUCAGAGCACGGCUAGCUAAGUACAGGUUAAUUGGCGACGAGAAGGGUGGGCGCAAAAUAUUCAGGGUGUUCCAUAUUCAUCCUCACCUCUCACAAUCUCUUUCAUCGUUGACAUACUCCCUCCAGCUCUCCCGUGCCAAAUAAUUCUCCUCCUUAAUUAACGUCUCUUACUCCUUUCCUUCCUUCCCAUUUUCUUGUGCCACUGCUCCAUCCUCCCUUUCCAUUAUCCCAUUUUCUCUUCUCCACUCAUUCUCUACCCUCCCACCUUCCUCAUACCACACUCCUCUAUCACCCUUCUACUUCCUUCUUUCAACUACCAUCUUCAUCCCCUCCUGCCAUUCCCAUUCACGUCACUUCCACUCCUAUUUCUUCUUUUUCUCAGAUAUAACUGCCACUCUUUCAAUAAUCCUGUUUCCUAUUCCUCCUUUAUUGUCUUUUUUUUCCCUUGUCUGUAUUUCCUUUCCCUCGUCCUCCCACUAUCCUUGCGAACGCUCACCCCAUCCCUCAGGCCUAGUCCACCCUAACCUCAACACUUUCUCCUCUUUCCGGACACGCCAACUCGUGGCCGCGCAGGUUGGGAUGCCGCUGAAUUUCGUCACGUCUGGCGAGAUGGAUGUGAAGCCGCCGCAACUCAGCUACUGUCGGGUCGUAUAUGAAACGUUUCACACCUUUUGGCACACCACCUCUGUAGCGGCCCUCAGCCACUCCUCCCGCUCCCCUUUCCUGGCGCUAAGGUUCGGGUGGCUGGUCCUCUUCUUCUUAGGCGCCUACUGUACCAUCAAAGAUGUUCUGAACGUCUAUAAUAACUACUUGGAACGGCCCUACUCCACCACGAUAAAAGCAAAGAACAACCCAAUUUUGGACUUCCCUGCCGUCACCGUUUGUAACCAAAACCGCAUCAACUGCCAAAACCUGCUUACGGUGAUGUUGAAGAAACAAAAAGAGAACGAGACAGAAUACAAAAAGUUGGUGGACAUUUACCUCCUCUCCGAUUGUGGCAGCGAAACUCUGCACUGCGAUGUCACGCUGGGGUACUACAAGGAGGACUUCAAUCUGUCUGAAAUGCCCCCGGAGGAUUUACUGAAAGGAGAUCUCUGUCUCAGAUGCGAGAAUAUCUUAUCUAAGUGGAAUGAAGCCUGUAAAUUUAAAAAUUCUGAACCGUCACAGAAUUUAGAUAAAUUAGAAAAUUUUGAUAAUUGGUGGCAAAAACUAGGAUGUUUUAAUAACCUUUCGCAGUCCGACGGCAAUCCAGAACCAACGAACAUGAGUGAAAUACAUGAAUCCCUGGCAGUGUGUAGCAAGACCCCAGACCCCCAGCAGCCGCCUACCGGAGAAGAGAGGGAAGAAAACUCUACCGAUUAUUUUGAGCCUCAAAAUCAAACACGUGUUCUUUCUAACAUCUCAUCGAUACUGAAUUCGAACAUUACCGAUUCAGCAAUGGACGCUGAUGUAUACGAAGACGAUUUAAAAGAUCAACCGUUCUCAGACGCCAUCGGUUCAAGAGAUGGGCAACAGUCGCCUUCGAACAAAUACAGAGAAAUUACAAACGAGACCACAUCCAACCCAACCUCAGACAAGAUCCGGAGGAAGAGAACGGCGACAGGGUUCCCAAGCUGGCCAGAUCAUCCGGAUAUGUCAGACUUCUUGAAGGAGGAUGGAUUUGACGACAUGGAGGCCUCGGAGCAAUACAACCACAAGAUGAACUUUCUUGUUAAAUACGUGCUCUUGCCAGAUAACCUCAGGAGGGAAAUCGGCUACGCCUUCGACGACCUCAUCAUCGACUGCAAGUUUAUGGGCUACAACUGUACCAACUCCAGCUUAUUCCUGCCGUACUACUCCGCGAACUACGGCAACUGUUACACCUACAACUACAACGGGGAUCAGUCUCUUAGCCUGCCCGGCCCAUCCUACAGCUUUUCUCUGAUCCUACAUAUACACGAGGACACCUACUUGCCGGACCUCUUGACGGAUAAGGUCGGGGUGAAACUGGCUGUCCACCGUCCACUGACACUUCCUCCCCUAGACGAAGAUGGAGCAGACUUCAGCCCGGGAACGUCCUCUAGCAUUGGUCUUAAGAUGUCCGAGUACUCCCGGCUGGAGCCCCCACACGGUAGCAAAUGUUCACAGGAUUGGAGCAAAACCAGUUACCUUCCAAAGUUCGACGGUGACUCCUUCGACCCAACAAAGGUGUACUCCUACGCCACCUGCCUCAACAUGUGUGCCCAGAGGAUGUUUAUGGACAAAUGUGCAUGUGCCCACCCGCUCCUCCCUCUCUCCUUCUUCUACUCUGAGAAGUACUACGGGUCAUAUAGACUCUGCAACCUUACGUCAAACCACAUUGACAGCACCUGCAUGAGGAGUCACCUGAUUAGCAACACCUCGUAUGUCUUGUUCGUGAGUGAGUGCGACUGCUCCACCGCCUGCAGCCAGGUGACCUACUCCAGAGUGGUGUCCAGGAGCCAAUGGCCGCCGAAAACCGCCUUGCACUCGAUCCACCAGGUGUACAAUAUUGACGUGCUUGUGACGGAAAACAUGAUGGCAUUGGAUGUGUUCUUCAGGACCCUCGUCUCAGACUACAUAGAGGAAAGCGCUCAGUACCCGAGCAUCGAAUCCCUCGUGAGCAGUCUGGGCGGGGCACUCUCCCUCUACCUCGGCAUCUCUAUCUUCCUGUUGAUGGAGUUUGUGGAGUUCCUUUUCCACCUCGCUUACAACUCGAUCCUCUACGCCACGGGUCGCUACAAGUCACCGCUUAACACUCCCCCUCCGAGACAACCGACAGCUAAGCCCUCAGUCACGCCCUCCCUCCCGUCAAAGCUUCCCACCGACUUCUGCAUCACCGCCACCAGCGUCGGGGACCUUCGCAACCUCAGAAGUCUUUAUGGAUUGGAUAGGAUGCUGGAGGGGGUCACGGUACCUUCCCAUCACAAUGAGAUCGAUAACUUAAAGAAUUUCAAGUCGCACGUGUUUGAUGGAGCUUUUCAUUACUGAACUAUAUCUCACCACCGCCCCAACGAUGAACAGCUUCAUCACCACCACCAUUCCCUACACCAUCACCACCGCUGCCACUCGUCAUCAUCUGUGGCCUCCUAACGUUUGCAGACCCUUUCCAUGCAUGUCUUGCCACCUUAUAUGUCAAGGAAAGGUGGGUAAGGUAGCCGGGUAGGAGUGCCUGGUUGUUUGAUGUAGUGAAUUGUGUCCAAGAUCAUUGUGUCUGGAGGUAUUGUGGUAGUAUUCAAACUUAAAAGCACGCGUUGGUUGUACACUUUAGAUCAAUUAAUAUUAUUACUAAAUAAAGCAA